AUGCCCAUGAAAUCAUUGACAAUUUUGGCAACCAUUUUGGGUACUAUACCGAAGAAAAGCAAGGACAGUGCUGGUGGACCUUGGGAGUUCGUUGGUUUAUUGCCUCUCUUUGAUCCUCAUAGGCAUGAUUGUGUAGAGACCAUCCGUAAAGCUCUUGAUCUUGGUUUCAAUGUUAAGAUGAUCACCAGUGACCAGCUUAUUAUUGGCAAAGAGAUUGGCCAGCACAAGGAUGAGUCCAUAGCUCCCAUUCCCAUUGAUGAGCUCAUUGAGAAGCCUGAUGGAUUUGCUGGAGUUUUCCCUGGAGAUGGUGUAAAUGAUGCUCUAGCACUUAAAAGGGCAGACAUUGCAGUGGCAGAUGCAAUAGAUGCAGCUCGAGGUGCAUCUGAUAUUGUAUUGAUCGAGCUAGGACUUAGUGUGAUUGUGAGUGCUAUUUUGGCUAGUAGAGCCAUCUUCUAG